UAUCCAACGAUUCAUAGCGACGUCUGUUGACUUUUUAAAACAGUCGUCAAUGGUGUUCCUCCUUCUGAUAUAGAAAUCAUAUUUUAUCCUAUAAGAUUAAGGAUGAAAUUUGUAUUUAGAUACGCACAUACUGUAAUAUGAAUAACCAAGUAUACAUUUGCUGUCAACAUUUCGUUAACUGUUAUCUGCAAUAGCACCCAAAUACACAGCCUUGACGUUAAUUGCUGUAAUGCCAUAUAAUGAUAAAAUACACGUUUUUUUUGUCGUUAGGUUUUAAAUUAAUCAAAAACCACAAAUAAAUUUGAAUACAUUCGGAAAUAUGCAUGGAACUAAAGUGUAAACUACCUUGUUUCUCUAUCGGUGCAUUACAGGGUAACACACAGAAGAUGCUGCAGGAGGUAUCACCUUCUGUCUUGAAGAGAUUGAAGUGAGAGGCAGAGCAGCACCAGGAAUGUUGCUGAAAGAGAUCCCCCGAGAUGCCCUUGUUCGGCCUUUGACCAGGAAUGAGGUGGUGGGUUUGGUGGUCCGGCUUACAAUCUUUGGGGCGGCGACGUACUUCAGCAUCAAGUGGGUGGUGGAUGCCCUGGAUCCCACUCGUAAACAGAAACUGCAGGCCAAGAAGAGGGCGGAGCAGCUGAUGAAACAGAUUGGGGUGGAGGGAAUCAAGCUGAAUGAGUACGAGAUGAACAUUGCCUCACAUCUUGUGGAUCCCCGUAGCAUGAAGGUGACCUGGAGGGACAUAGCAGGGCUGGACGAGGUGAUCACUGAGCUCCAGGACACUGUCAUUCUGCCCUUUCAGAAGAGACACUUAUUUAGAGGAUCCAAGCUCUUCCAGCCACCGAAAGGUGUGCUUUUGUAUGGGCCCCCAGGCUGUGGGAAGACCCUGAUUGCCAAGGCCACAGCUAAGGCUUCAGGGUGCCAGUUCAUCAAUCUGCAGGCCUCCACGCUGACUGAUAAAUGGUAUGGAGAGUCCCAGAAACUCACUGCCGCAGUCUUCUCCCUUGCGGUGAAGAUCCAACCCUGCAUCAUCUUCAUUGAUGAGAUUGACUCGUUUCUGCGCAGUCGCUCCAGCAUGGACCAUGAGGCCACAGCCAUGAUGAAGGCUCAGUUUAUGAGUCUGUGGGAUGGGCUGGAGACGGGCUCAGACUGUCAGGUGAUGGUGAUGGGAGCCACAAACAGGCCGCAGGAUGUUGAUCCGGCUAUACUCCGCCGGAUGCCUACCACCUUCCAGAUCAAUCUGCCUAGUCAAAAGCAAAGGCAAGACAUCUUAAAGCUGAUUCUGGCGGGAGAAAAUCUCAGCAAUGCCAUCAAUCUGAAGGAGAUAGCAGAGAAGACGGGGGGUUACUCUGGCAGCGACCUGAAGGAGCUUUGCCGGGAUGCAGCCAUGUACCGAGUCAGGGAUUAUGUGCGCAAGCAACAGAUGAAACAAAUCGCGCACCAGCUGCAGGAGCUGGACGUGGAGGAGAGGCCAGUAGAUGAAGACAGACUGAGGCCGGUAACACAGCUGGACCUGCUGUUUGGUUUGGAGAAGAUGAAGGACUCCAAAGCAGCCACUGUAUCCCAGAGGACACUGAAAGAGGUCCCCCUGGACUAAUCCCUCCGUCCUCGCCAGUGCUGUGCUGAUUGAAGUGUCAUCUGCACAGUGCACACUCAGAAGUAACCUCAAGAGCUGCUGUGAGGCCAACUCGGCGUCCUGCAUAUUCUAAAGGUGGAAGCUGCCUUAUCGGGCCAAGGGGUAUUACGUCUUGCUGUCUAGCUCCUUAUUCUUUUUGGUCUGUCAUAAUUCAUUUCAGCCAGGACAGAGUGCAAAGGCUGUAAACCGCAUGUCUGUUUAAUAAUUGUUAAUAGUGCCCCCACCACCACUUCCAUGUCAAACUUGUUUCGUAAUGACAUUCCCAGCCUCAAGUCUUGAGAGUGUGUGAGAAACUCAGAUGUCAUAAAGAAUUAGAAAAUGCAUUAGAACAUAAUUACUGCAGUUGAAUCUGGUCUUGCAGGCCCUUCAUGACUUAGUAACGGUCACUGGUCUUGUCAAGAGAGACGGGCUAGAGUUAUCUGAGUUAAAUAUUCUGUAGGAUUGUGUGGUGUUGUUAUGUUGCAUUGAAUUUCCAGUUGCACUUUCACAAUGCAGAAGAAAAAAGGUAAAUAUUGGGCUGUUUACACUACAAAUCAAUUUAUUGUAGUAACUUUGUGGAUCGCAGGUUUAAUAAAUGCCAUGUAGGCUGAUAAAGUUAUGUAAAGUAGUGUUUUUAGUUGGGGGAUUUGAGAUGAUGCUCUUAAGUGCAGUACGUUAAAUGGCCAAUUACAACCAGAAUGACCAGUUCAGGUCUGGGAUAACAGUUUUCAACAUUGAAUACCUUGGCCUGAAAUACUAAUUGUGAUCAUACAGGAUUUUAUUAAUUGUAAUUUACAGAGUUAAUGUAAGCAUUGCCAACAGACUUAAAGGGAUGACUGCACAUUACUUGCUAAAUUGAUAAAAUAUUAUAGACAUAAUUGAAAGAACAGUUCAUUAAUCAAAUCAACUGGAUUAAGGAGCAUCAGGACCAUGAUAUCUGAUUCCCAUGACUAUAAAUAUCCUGCUUAAUCUCAGAAUUCUGAUUAAUUGGAUAAAAAGGAUAAACACGUGCUUUCAAAAAAACAUAAUUUUGUUGCUGGUUUCCAAUCUUGGCGUCCCUGAAUGUUUUUGUUUCCCUAAAGUAAAUGUCAAAUGUAGUCAAUCAGAUAGAAAUGUAUCCACCUGGGUUAAAAGUCAGACAGAAAGGGGAAUUGUAGUGUGAAGUGAUUAUGUGCUGUGUGCUUUUUCUUUUUGCAGAAGCUCUCCAUUCAAAGAUGAACAGGCACCCAAUGUAAAUGAAAACCUAAAUAUCUACAGUAUUUUAUUUGUUACCAUCCAACCCCCUGUUGCUUUUUUAAUAGCUUACCUGUGGGUAUCGGAUGCAUCCGGACACCUUAUUUGUUUGAUGAAUCUUGUGAAUGGCCAUAUUUAAGAUGAAAAUAGCAAGAGUGCUUUCUUUGCUCCGGGAGUGUGCUUUGUGAUCCAUUAGCAGUCUCUCUUAAUGGCUCACCUCACUUCCUAAACCCAUGAAAUAAUGGUACUCUUGUGAUGCAGUAAUCUUUUCACAUGUAUAUGCCCUCAUUCUUUCUAUAUCAAAAGCUGAACAAGAACAAUCUCACAUGCCUUCCCUUGUGUAUGAGUGAAAGAACUGUCAUCAACAGAGAGCGACAAAAGAGCACUUUGAUGCUUCUAAGCCUGUAGCUGAGAAUAACUUAAGUUUCCUAGAGAGCCUGGAGGAACACAUUGCAUACCAAGUCUGAGUGAACAUUGCUCUGUGCAAAGUGACCACCUAGUGUCACUGUUGCUCAGUUCAGAAACUAUUAUUUUGUGCCUGAAAGCUUGAUACAGCUUUUGGCCUUAAAAUUUCUGUCCUCUUAUCAUACCAUUUCCUUUGCAUGACUUAUGUAAUGAUGUCGUUUUAGAUGAUGGAUGUUCAGAAGUGUGAAAAUUAGUCAGAAUUAGGAAAGUUUUGUGUAGCACUUUGAUUUAAAUUCAAUUCAAGCUUUAUUGUCCCCUAGGGGAAAUUUGUUUUACGGCACAGUCAAACACAACACAAUGACAAUACACAUUGUCAAAAGAGAAUACAGCAGUGUUACAGGAGACAAGGUAGUUACUUUGCAUUGUUUAAGAGUGUGAUUGCAGUGGGAAUUAAAUAUUUUCUGAGUCUGUUGGUUUUAUACCUGGGGGUUUUGAAAUAUUGAUUUGAACUUACCCCUAACCAUAUUUAGCCAGUGAAUAUUCCUGCCAGACUCUGAGGGGAACACAAGUGCUGAAGACUAACACUGUUUUGUAGAAUCUUAUAUUCAGGACAAUGCACACAGCAGAUGGUAUUCAGUGAAACCUUGCACCAAGUCAUGUCCAGUUUUGCUGUAGUCAGUAAUGUCCACUAAAGUGAUGCAGGUGAGGCUGGGUUUAAACCUGAGAAUGCAGAGAAAAGAUUCAGUGCACUCCACACACCUCCUGAUAGAAGCUUCCUCUCUGGCUACCCAGUAGCACCGCACAGAUCUGUUAAGCACAAUUUAUUUAUUUUCUUAUUGGUUUUUCUGAACCUGUGGAGAUAAACUGAAAUGUUUUAGAAUAGUUUCAUUUUUACAACAGAUUCUCACUUUCUUUUCCUUUCUCAUAUUUUUUCUUUAAGUGUGUUAGUUUUGUUAUUAGACAAAAGUUUUGUUAUUAAAAAAACAGGAGCUGGGAAUUCAUAAUUCAUAGGAUUUUUUAUUACCACUGUGAAACAGAGAAUUUCAAAUGGCUGUCUUCCAUACUGUAGGUAAUAUAGUGUGCCUAACAACUACAGUUACAAUAGAUUAUUUCUGUUAAAGAGUGUAGUAGAGCUUUAUUCAGUUAAAUGUAUGACCCUUUUAAUCUGUAAUCUAAAUAAUCUAAGAGCAAAUACAAAAUUAUCUUUUAAGUUCUUACAUGUGCAACCCUUUAGGAGUUCAAAUCAAAUAAGUAUAGUUUAACUACUAAUAAUAACAAAUUAGCAAAAAAAUACUUUAUGGAAUUGAAAGUUCAAUGACUUCUAUGUGACUGCAUGUGUUUUCGACUUUGUGUACAAUAUUUGUUCCUCUAAAAUGAGCCACAAGAGACUAGCCUUCUUAAAUCCUUUGUGUAUUUUUUCUGUUUACUGUUGUUCACAAAAUAUGUCACAUCAUGAUGAUAGAGAAAACCCUAGCUUGUGUCAAUGUGGUCACAUGGGAUACAUAAUUUUCCUUUCUUUUGAAAGGUUGAAUUUCAAACAUUUGUCUUCUGGAAAACAAAAUCUUAGGCAGCUGUGAAAUCAAUAGCCUCUUUCACUAAUGCAGUAGGUCUGCUACUGUAUCACAUGGAAACUUAUCUGUUGUUCAAUUACUUUUUAAAGAAUACAGAAUGAUAUCUUUAUGGAAUUCCAUUUUGCACUGUUUGAAGUGAAAAAAGGCUGCAUAGGUAUUUUACCAAUAUUUUAACAUCAAAAGUUGGGAAGGACUGUGCAGCUUUAACUAGCCUGGUUCAUAUCAAAACCUCAACCCAUUCACUAAUAACAAACUACAAAUUCUGUAGAUGAUAGCGGAUUUCCAUUGGAUUAAAACUAGAGACCUUUGGAAACAGAAAGCCACCAACAUGUGUGGGGUGUGGAAUUUAGGCAGGUAAAAAUGUCUUCUCAAGACCUUACUUAGUCAGAUAAUGAUUUACUGACCUCUCAAAUUAUUGCAGUUCUUUAUGGGUUUGGAGAAUUUGCAAAGACCAUUUACUUUCCUUUAAUUCCUUUAUUGUGAGAUGCAAACAAUCAUCAGAAAUGACAAGCUCCCUUUUCUGUCAAAAUAAUCCCAUCAAGCCUCAGGCACCUGUGCCAUGUGAAAAAUUGGAUUUUAUCACUAUCUUUCAUAUCCUACUGAAAGUAAUAUGAUUCUGUUGGUUGGCGUUUUUCAUGUAUUUAUUUUAAUGGAUUCUUGAUGAAUGUCAGGGAACCUGUGCUUCUAUGCCCCUGCUGAGCAAGGCUUGAAGAGUGUUUACUCGUUUUUGUACAGUAUUUGUUAUCAUGCAGCACUAGCUUUUGAAAAGGCGACGAGGGUUAAAAAAAAUGCUGGCUCAUGGGGUUUAUAAAGGAAGCGAACCUGCAGAAAUGGAGGACACUGAAGUUGAAAGUUACAACUUUGAUUAAUGAGUAGAAAACCAUACGUGAUUUAUUUCUGCUUUAGAGAGAUGGUAAGAAAAUGCAAUAUCUUCGAGUUCUCUUCUGAUGUAAUAAAAGUCAAAUUGUCUCAUU